AUGCCUUGCAUAGCUCACAUCCUACAGAGAAGCAUCACGGUGAGCCUCUCUGACAGCGGAUUUGUGCAUGCAUUGUCCAAGUCUCGCAAAAUUGUGGGCCACUUCAAACACAGUCCGGCAAACACCGCGGAGAUUCAAGCACAACAAGCUGCCCUUGGACAGAAGAAGGAGCCGCUGGUCCAGGACGUUCCAACACGUUGGAAUUCGACGGUGGAUAUGGUCAAGCGUCUGAACCGCAAUCAAGCAGCAAUAAAAGCAACCCUGGACCAACAGCAGCACAAACUCAUUAUGCUGACACCACCAGAAUGGGACAAGGUGCUAAGACUUGAGACUCUUCUAGAGCCCUGUCGGUAUGUAACUGAGAUCCUGGGUGGGGAGGCCUAUGUAUCCUGCUCUGUUGUACUGCCUGCCCUCUGCCACUUGCGUCGUGUAAUGGAGGUCUCUGAUGAGGACCCUGCAUAUGUGGUGCGAUUUAAGACGGCAUUCAAAGAAGACCUAGCCUCCCGCCAAGAAAAGACCAACAACACAUGGCUCAAGCUUGCAACGGCCCUGGAUCCACGCUUUAAAGACUUGAAGACCCUGCCCAAGAGUGAAGGAGAAGAGGUGUGGACCACACUGGGAGGCAUGCUGCAUGAACAAUCACCAAGAAGGUCUCCACAGACUUCUGAAGAUGGGCCACCCAAGAAGAAAAUGAGCCUGCUCCUACAAAUGUGCUCAGAUUCUGAUGAGGAGGUGCAGCCUGGCAGAGACAUACACAGGUACAGGGCAGAGCCCUGCAUUAGUAUGGAGGACUGUCCAUUGCAGUGGUGGUCUGCUCAUUCAGGAGCCCAUGACAAGCUGGCCCUGCUGGCUCGCAAAUAUCUAGCGACUCCUGCAUCCACAGUUCCAUGUGAAAGACUCUUCUCAGUGGCAGGCCACAUCGUGCAAAAGAAACGGUCAGCCUUACUUUCAGAAAAUGUCAGCCAGUUAGUUUGCCUCAGCAACUGGCUAUAAGAAGAAUAACCAAGAGACACAUUUUAUUGUACGAAGGUGUGGUAGUUUGUUAAUUUAAAAAAGGGAAAAUGUUCAACCAAUGUUUAACCAUUCUAAACUUAGCAAUGGCUAAGAUGCCCAUAACGUUUGGGAUGACUGUUAUCUUUAAGUUUGAUUAAAAAAAUAAAAAUAAAAAUGUUAUAUGCUCAUAGGCAUUGCAAAGAGACUGGCACAAAACAAAAAUUGAAAUAUGGUGUGGUAUGUUUAAGUUCGAUUUUAUUUUUCAUUAUUAAUAACACCAUCAUCUGGAUUCUUUCAUGAAUAAAAGAACAUGCUAAAUGCCUAUA